AUGCUCCUUCUCCGGAAAAGAGUGCAAAGUACCAUUGUUUGGACCCACGGGGGGAGCAUUUUCUCUUUUGCUCGAAGGAACAAAACAACACAAAACCUAGCGCAAGAAAUAGCCAAUCAGACAAUUACAAAAGUUAGUGAAUUACCGAAUAAGCUAAAAAUUGCUACAGUAAAAAAUAGCUGUGAAAUACCUACAGUAGGUAUAUGGAUAAGUAGUGGGAGUAAAUAUGAAAACAAGUAUAACAACGGUGUUGCACAUUUUUUAGAGCAUAUGAUAUUCAAGGGAACACGUAAAAGAAGCAGAAUACAGUUAGAAAAAGAGAUAGAAAACAUGGGAGCACAUUUAAAUGCAUAUACAGCUAGAGAACAGACGGGUUACUAUUGCAAAUGCUUUAAAGAAGAUAUAAAAUGGUGUAUUGAACUGUUAGGGGAUAUACUAACGAAUAGUGUAUUUGAUGAAAAUUUAAUAGAAAUGGAAAAGCAUGUAAUACUAAGAGAGAUGGAAGAAGUAGAGAAGUCAAAGGAUGAAGUAAUUUUUGAUAAAUUACACAUGACUGCUUUUAGAGAUCAUCCAUUAGGAUAUACUAUUUUAGGACCUGUGGAAAAUAUAAAAAAUAUGAACAGGCAAGAAAUUUUAAAUUACAUACAGAAAAAUUAUACAUCCGAUAGAAUGGUUUUAUGCGCAGUUGGAAAUGUAGAACAUGAACAGAUUGUUAAGUUAGCUGAACAGAAUUUUGGUCACUUCAAACCGCAGGAAAAAGCUAUAUUGACAAAAAAUAAUAUAGAUGAAAAACCAUUCUUUUGCGGUUCCGAAAUCAUUGUUAGAGAUGAUGACUCAGGGCCAAGUGCACAUGUAGCAGUUGCAUUUGAAGGAGUAGAAUGGAAAUCACCUGACUCUAUCACCUUCAUGUUAAUGCAAUGUAUAAUUGGUAGUUACAAAAAAAAUGAAGAGGGUAUAGUACCAGGUAAAUUAUCUGCUAACAGAACUGUUAAUAAUAUAUGUAAUAAGAUGACAAUAGGAUGUGCUGACUAUUUUACUUCUUUCAAUACAUGUUAUAAUAACACAGGUCUAUUUGGCUUUUAUGUACAAUGCGAUGAGCUAGCUGUUGAGCAUGCCCUUGGUGAAUUAAUGUUUGGUAUUACUUCCUUAAGUUAUAGUAUUACAGAUGAGGAAGUAGAGCUAGCCAAAAUUCAAUUAAAAACGCAGCUUAUUAGUAUAUUUGAAUCAUCAUCUACCUUAGCUGAAGAAGUGUCAAGACAGAUAUUAGUUUACGGAAGAAAAAUUCCAUUAGCAGAAUUUAUUUUAAGAUUAAAUGAAAUAGACACAGAUGAAGUAAAGAGAGUUGCUUGGAAAUACCUCCAUGACCGCGAUAUAGCUGUUGCUGCCAUAGGUGCAUUGCAUGGUAUGCCUCAGUACAUUGAUCUACGCCAAAAAACCUACUGGUUGAGAUAUUAG